UACAAGGUAAGAAUGUGAGUGACUGAAAGUGUGUGCAAGGGAAACUUAGAGAGAGAGAGAGAGAGACUCAUUAUCUCUCCUACUCCUCCUCAACUCGAGGCCAAAGCUAUUGCUGAGCCGCAACCCAGCCUACCCAAUCUUCUUCAUGUCCCUAUGCAGAAAAGUACCCCAAAUUUUCCCUAUAUAAAUUAUUGCAACUCUCAUUAUUAUAAUCCUGGUUUAUUUGUGUAAACCCACCUCACAUUUUCCCAAUUUUGCAGCUUCCUAAGUUUGUUGGUGUUGUUUUACUGGGUGGGUGGCCAUUGAAGAAGCAAAGACAUUAGUGUCAAAGAAGAGUCUUUUCUACAGAGGAAGAAGAGGCAUAAAGACACCAACAACAAACACCCUUUGCCUCUUCCCCUCAUUAUUGUCUCUUCAAGGAUGCUUCCUACCACCUGCAUUCUCUUAAUAUGCCUCUUGAGCUCUCUCUGUUCCCUCACCUUAGCUUCUCUAAACCUCAACCUCACCCUCCCUCAUCAACACCCCUACCCUGAAGCUGUGGCUCAAGAAGUACAAAGGAGAGUCAAUGCCUCCCUUUCCCGGCGCGAAAUGCUGUCCCUCAAGGACCAGCAAUGCGCCGUCGGCAACCCCAUCGACGACUGCUGGCGCUGCGGCUCCAACUGGGCCGACGACCGCCAGAAGCUCGCCGACUGCGGCAUCGGGUUCGGCCAAGACGCCAUGGGCGGCAAAGGCGGCCAGAUCUACAUCGUCACCGACUCCUCCGACCGCGACCCCGCCAACCCAACUCCGGGCACUCUCCGCCACGCCGUGAUCCAAACCGAGCCCCUCUGGAUCAUCUUCUCCGCCGACAUGACCAUCAAGCUCAAAGUCGAGCUCAUCGUCAACAGCUUCAAGACCAUCGACGGCCGCGGCGCCAGCGUCCACGUCACCGGCGGCGGAUGCAUAACCCUCCAGUACGUCUCCAACAUCAUCAUCCACAACAUUCACGUCCACCACUGCAAGCCCGCCGGCAACACCAACAUCGCCUCCAGCCCCACCCACGUCGGCUGGCGCGGGAAGUCCGACGGCGACGGCAUCUCCCUCUUCAGCGCCCGCAAAAUUUGGAUCGACCACUGCUCCCUGUCGUACUGCGCCGACGGACUCAUCGACGCCAUAAUGGGGUCCACCGGGAUCACGAUUUCCAACAACCACUUUGCGCACCACGACGAGGUGAUGCUUCUCGGCCACAACGAUAAGUACUCGCCGGACACCGGGAUGCAGGUGACGAUUGCGUUCAACCACUUCGGGGAGGCGCUGGUGCAGCGUAUGCCUCGGUGCAGGCUCGGGUAUAUUCACGUGGUGAACAAUGACUUCACGCAGUGGGAGAUGUACGCCAUCGGCGGCAGCGCCAACCCCACCAUUAACAGCCAGGGCAAUCGGUACACUGCUCCGGUGAACCAGAACGCCAAGGAGGUGACAAAGCGCGUGGACACGAACGAAGGGGAUUGGGCGGACUGGAACUGGAGAACGGAGGGGGACAUAAUGGUAAAUGGAGCCUUCUUCGUGCCAUCAGGUGCGGGCAUGAGCACCCAGUACGCUAAGGCCUCAAGCCUCGAGCCCAAGUCGGUGGGUCUCAUUGACCGCCUCACCGUCACCGCCGGUGUCUUCGGCGACCCAAGGGACAGUAGUAGGAGCGAAUCAUACCCUGGAUACAGCGGCGGUGGGACCGUAACCGAUGGUACCACCAACACCGGCAGUGGAGGGUCCAGCGGCGGUGACGACUAUUUUGGAAUGAUAUUCGGGAACAGUGCUCAACCAUCAUCAUCUUCAAACGCAAUCUUGUUGGCUCUUCUAAUUAUCUUAAUUUUGUAUGUUACCACCAGCCAUGGUGGUGUAUUAUCAUUACCAUUAUUCUUAACAUUAUUAUUAUAACACUCGAUUCAACGGAAAUAUCAUUAUUAGACAAAGGAAAAGAACUUUCUCCAUUAGUUUGA